GCAGUUUUGCAAAGCAACACAAAGAUAAAGUUCUAUUUCAAAGUUCUUUCUAGAAUUAAAUAUUUUGUGUGGUUAAAUAUUACUAAAGUUCUCAAUUAAAACUGUAGUUUAACGUGUACUCAACAAUCUAAGAUGGCUAACAUUUUUGGAUUAAUCGUGUCAGGACGCUUGGUGCAGACCGACUUCACGCCAGUGUCGGAGACGAGCCUGGUGACCACGAUCCUGGACGUGGACUCCAUCAACCACGCGGUGGUGUUCCUGACGGGCGCGGCGCCGCUGCCGGCGGGCACGGUGGCCGUGGUGUACUGGAGCUGGCCGGACCCCAACGCGCCGCCCAACUGGCAGCCUCUAGGACACAUCUCCAACGCCAAACCCUCAGCUAUUUUUAAGAUAUCAAACUUAAAAAAAUUACAUGAACUGUCUGAUGAAAAUAAAUUUAUGAGUGCAUUUGGUCAACAACAGAUAUGUCACAAUGCACAAAUUGGAAUCUCAAUAGAACCAGAGGCAAAUGCGCAACUCCUCCCAAACUCUGAGGCUCAACAAACAUAUUCCUAUGUAACAUUUGCCCAGAAAAUGUUAGAGAACUUAGUCAAUUUUGUGGCGUCCUUCUCUGUGACUCAAGAGCAAAUGACGCCGACGCCCGGCGUCUCCUACAUCCCUCUCAACACACUACACACCUGGUACGCCAACUUUGAGAGGAGGUUGCAACAAAACCCUAACUUCUGGAAGAACUAGUGUUGUGGACAUAAUGAAAUAUGAGAUUUAGUGAGGAGCUAGUGUAUAUUUGACAGCUUGAGUGCAAUCUGCUGUAGUGUAGGCUGGUGCAACACUUUGUGUAUGGCUGGGUCUUAAUAUGCUAUGACAAAAUCUAUUUUACUAGUUGUGACAAACUUUUUAGUUAUUUGAUGAUAGAUCUCACUUGAAAUUUUAACUUUAUGUAUCAACUGUUAUGUCAAAAGUACAAUUUAGUCCUUACAAAUUAAGGUGAACCGUACUUUUGAGUUGACAUGACAGUUGACACAGAGUUAUAGUGGCUAGUGAGUUCUCAUUUUGUACGGACUAUACUUACUAGUGUUUUUGACAAAUAUAACAAUGUUGCUCAGUAACAUAUCUACAGAUUGCAGGUAGAUUAAAUACUGAAAAUGGGCACAAGAUAUCCAGCUUGCCCCGCUGUUGUCAUGAAAUAUAUGCAAGGCAAGUCUCCUAAAGUAAAUUAAUACAUUAAAUUAUUAAAAGGAAGACAACUUUUGUGUGAUUAAAACAUUGCUGUAAAGGUAAUACAAUAAAAAUAUGUAAUUUUAUAUAGAGUGUAAGUUUUGCUGUACAUUGAAUUGAAUGAAAGUGUUUUUCAAAAUGUAAAGGUGAUUGCACACUUGGCCACACGGUACAUGGCAGGGGACAGUGAAUUUAAUUUAUUUACAUGCAGAAAAACAUCCUGUUUGUUGCAGCCAAAUGUGCAAUCAGGUAAUUUGAAUUCCUUUUUAAUGUGGUAACAAUGCAUAAUUUAAUAAUAGUGUAAUAUAAAUAAUAAAGAAGUUAAGAUGCAAUGUGACUCAAUUAUUUGAUAAUGAAGACUGCUUAUGAAUUUAUAUUUUAAUACAAUAAUAAUAAAUUAUUAUUAUGAAUG